CGAGACUUCGGCGGCUGCACUCUGGGGCCAUGGCGGCGGCGGCGGCGGCGAGGCGGAGGGCCGCGGAGGCCUCCACGCGGGCUCUGAAGGGCGCCUACGGGCUCCUCGGCGCGGGGCGCGGGUUCCGGAGCAGCGCCGCCUCGGGCAAGAGCCACGCGGCCCGCGUCCGCCCUCGGAAAGGAAACCAGCCGGUGACGUACGAAGCGGCCCACCCGCCCCACUUCAUCGCCCAGCGCAAGGGGUGGCUCUCCCAGCACACCGGUAACCUGAAUGGUGAGAAUGAGGCAGCUGAGCGCACGCUGGAGGAUGUCUUCAUCCGCAAGUUCAUCUUUGGCACCUUUCAUGGCUGUCUGGCUGAUGAAAUUGUGCUGAAGCGUCGGGCCAACACUUUGAUAAUCUGUGCCAUUCUAAUGCAGAAUCUCCCACCACAUAAGAUUUACUUCCUGGUUGGCUACACUGAGGUGCUGCUUUCCUCCUUCUACAAGUGUCCUGUUAAGAUGGAGGUGCAGACCAUACCCGAGAAGUUAAUUUACAAGUAUCUCUAGUCCUGGCUGAGCCCACCAUAGAAAGAUGUUCCUGACUCCUGGCUGAUACUCCUUCACACAAGACCCAGUGGGAUUUUUGCUCCUUGCAUCCUUGAACAGACUGUUUUCUAGCCACUGACUCUUCCUUCAGAGACUGGAAAUAGAUGGCAGCACCCAGGGAGAAAGAAAUCUUGGCUGUUUCUGGAAAUGAGUUUGUGUGGUGUUGCUGAAAUCCAAACAAGGAAUAUUUGUCCCCUAUU